AUGGGUCUCUUUGAUAAGAAACCCAAGAUCUUCCAAGGGGUCCAAGCCGCCAGGAUCCGCUUCGACAGCGACUCGGGCUCUGGAGACGAUGACGACUGGCUCGGCGCGCUCAACUCGCGCAAAAGGCAAAAGAGGGGGAAGCUAGACGACGGGCGCUACGUGGACCCAAACCGGUCCCUCCGCCACAAAAAGGCUUUCGAGCACCGUAUCGAAGGUCUACGGUUCAUCCACGCCGCCGAUGUCGCGUCGCUAGCUCUAAAAUGCACCCCCGUUCUUGGCGCAAAGGAAGACGAGGUUGCUGUGCGUUUACAAUAUCCCAGUCUACAGAGACGGGAGAGAUACGAGCUCGUUUGGGGUAAAGACAAGAUCGACGCCGUCCAUAGCAUCAUCGCCGUCGUUCAACACGUAGCCGAUACAUACCUUACGGAAGACCAAGCCGAGCCAUUCACAAACCACAUGACGGGUAUCGUGCGCCGACUAGAGAAGGCGUCAAAUCACAGGGUUCAAGACCUUGCCGCGUUCAAGGAGGCGCUGAACGAAUACAACGAUAGGCUUUGGAACCUUGUCAAGGAUGGAACGAUCACGAGGAACCUCGACGGGCGAAAAGAACUGCCGAGAAAUUUUAUAGCAUUCAUUCUCGAGCAGGUCUAUGACCGUACCGUCGCACCCAAAGUUGAGCUGCUAGCCAAGUACGAAAACGGCACCGACAACGUCUAUGGCGAACUACUACAUCCCUUCAUCUCUUCCAUCCUUGUCGAAAAGCUCCAGAUGACAUCAGACCAGGUCUUUGUGGAUCUCGGAUCCGGCGUCGGCAACGUCGUUCUCCAGGCAGCCCUAGAGAUUGGCUGUGAGAGCUGGGGUUGCGAGAUGAUGGAGAACGCCUGCAAUCUGGCAGACGCUCAGGUAAAGGAGUUUUCAGCGCGCUGCCUGCUCUGGGGUAUCGCCCCGGGCAAGGUUCGUCUUGAACGCGGCGAUUUUCGAAAGAAUUCGAGAGUCCACGACGCGCUGAAGCGCGCAGACGUCAUCUUGGUCAACAACCAGGCGUUCACUUCCCAGCUCAACGAUGACCUUGUCCGCAUGUUCCUUGAUCUCAAGUCUGGCUGCAAGAUCAUCUCCCUCAAGAGCUUUGUGCAUGAUCAUAAAAGCGCCUCCAAUGACGUUGGUAGGACCAUCCUAGAGGUUGAGGAUAUGACCUAUCCAGAGGACUAUCUUGAGGGGCUGCAGGCGGGAUUGUUGGUGUCUGAGUAG